UUCUUGCUACUGGUUCCAUUCACGAUAAAAGCAUUCGCCCAUCCAACCAAAUUAAUUCCGCUCACGUGGACAGAGAUGGCGACCUUGCAAUGAAAAAUGAGACGACAUCGAUGGAAGCCGGUAAUUCAAACAACAAGCCCAAAAUCAUCCUGUUCUGGAACGCGUUUCACAAUCAAACUGACAUGAUGUUCGGCUUCGGACAACAGCCGUUCCUUGACGCCGGAUGUCAAAUGACAAACUGCCUCACCACUAACGACCGAAGUCUAUUCACCCAAAGUGACGCCGUUGUCAUUCACGCAGGCGAUUACGAUGAGCGUGACCUGCCAACGGGCCGUUCUCCUAAUCAAACAUUCAUUUUCCUAAAUCAAGACCCACUUCCAAACCAAUCCCGUUUGCCUUGUUUUUCCCAUCCGCAUUUCUACAAUUGGACCAUGACUCAUCGUCGGGAUUCAGACGUUUACCUCGGUAUGCCGUACGCUGCGAUACGACGACGCGAGAACUCGGAAAUCAACAAUCCAAGCUCAUCAAAACAACAUUGUUUUCAACUAUCCAGUAAAAAAAAGCCGAUCGUUUGGUUCAACUCGCUUUGUUCGACGCAGAGUCAACGUGAAGAUUACGUCAAACAGCUGGACCAAUUUAUUCCGGUGGACAUUUACGGCAAGUGUGGCACACUCGAAUGUUUGCCACGAAACGAUCCCCACUGCGAGACACGCCUACUGGCCCAUUACAAAUUUUAUUUAGCUGCCGAAGACGCUCUCUGCCCGGAUUACAUAACGGGCCAUUUUUAUCACGCACUCAUGAACAACAUCGUCCCCGUAGUUUACGGCGGAGCUGAUUACACUCAAUUUGCUCCGUUGAAUUCGUACAUCAACGUGGCCGACUUUCAAUCGCCCAAGGACUUGGCCGAGUAUCUCACGUUGUUGGAUAAAAACGACGCUCUGUACAGAAAACAUUUCGAUUGGAAAGAAGAUUACGAGGUGAUACGGCGCCCGCUCAACGGUUGGUGCGAUCUGUGUCAGAAAUUAAACGAUCCAACGAGGGCGAGGAAAAGCUACGGAGAUUUGUCCGAGUGGUGGAAUGAACAAGUUCCUUGUUGGCCGGGAUCGUCCUUUUUUUUUUAACUACAAUUCAAUCCGA